GUGACAGAAAAUGCUCAGGAGAAAAAAAAAGAAACAAACUCAAUUUUUAUUUGGACCUCUGUUCCUUUCCCUGUUUGGAUAUUUAAACUUGACAAGAAACUGUUUAUUCCAUUAUAGUUAUUUCUUCAUGGCGUUGUUGGGUCGAACUGCACGAGUGCUCAAAGGCGUUGGAUACUGUGUGCAACUGUUCUGCUUUGCUCAUCUCAUUAAUCAAUAUGUAUUGGAACUGACCUUUGUAAGUCAGCAUUGCUCAUCCUCCUGGGGAAAGCGGGAGGUUCUUUCAUAAAGAGGAAAUCGCAUCUCCAUUGGAAAUUGUUGUUUUAAUGCCAACUCAUCAGUGCAUUGGACCGUCCAUGUUACCGACAUUCCGAAUGACAGGCGAUAUCAUUCUCGUCGAUCGUAUCAGCCAACGGUUUCGUGCCUUAAGGACUGGCGACGUUAUCGUCUGUACUUCACCUGCUGUACCAGGGCGGGCGGUGCUCAAGCGGAUCUUGGCUACUGCAGGUGAUAAUGUUUGCGUGGAUCCAACCGCCGCCGAGCGCCGCUACUUGAAUGUCCCCGAUGGCCAUGUAUGGGUAGGUGGAGAUAAUCUGAGCAACUCGACCGACUCCCGAAGCUAUGGGCCCGUGGCGAUCGGUUUGAUUCAUGGUCGUGUCUUUGCACGGGUAUGGCCCAAACCUGAACUUAUUCCCAAUAAUCUGAUUAUCAUCCCAGCCAAAUAAGUCUCGGCUGUCAUUACCCUUCCAUCUUUCCGAAUUCCGGAUCAUCAUCUCUAACCGUACAUACCACACCCUAGUCUCAUCAUCAUCAACUACUUUUUACAUUGCAGUUUUACGAGCCCUUUUAUUUGUGUUUACUGUUUGAGCAUAAGCAAAAGAUUGAU